UGUUUUCACCUGAUUAAAUUCCUGUAAUAUAUUUAUAUAUCACAAACAAAAGCAUGUCGAGACUGUAUUUCGUUCCUAAGGAUUGAAAAAAAAAAUGGUAUUUCUUUAGCUGGAUUUGGAUGGCUUACUUAAAUGCUAUCUUUCGAAACUAAACAUAUGGAAUAUCAAUAGCCGUUGAGUGUAUUGUUAAAAAUUGAAGCAGAUGAAGAAGCUAGCGUUACCUAAGAUGAAUUUGUACUACAGAAGAAAAAUGAAGAGAAAAAAAGCAAGAAAGAGCGGAAACGUAAGGCACCGAAGCUCAGACAAUGGGGACCAUGCAUUGCCCGACAGCAAUUCAUUAACAAGUCCACAGAGAGUAACGAUAGACGACUGGAUACAAAACAUUAAGGACAGCAGAGAGGAAAAUACCAGGCGUGUGUCAGAGAUAGAGAAAAAUCACCAAAAGAUUCUUCUAAUGCAUCAAUACAUAGAUCAGAGGAUCACGGCUUUAGAGCGCCACUUUGAAGUUUGUACAAGUGAUCUAUCGGAUUCAGAGGAAGAAUCUUAAUUGGACUUUGCACUGGUUUACGCACGUGAUAAAUAUGUGCAUUUACAGAUAAAAGAUGCAUGCUUGCUUUGGAAUUCAAUAAUCCCUAGGCAUAUCAUCUUCAACAACAAAUGGUAUUGUGUGAAUUUGUUUUUGUUUCUUUGUGUUUUAUAAGAAAAAUAAAUAAAACCUUUUGAAGGAUUGUUAAAUUGA